UUUUCAAGGUCUUCGACUUCAACCUAAAUAAAUAACAAUUUUUUUAGGAACCAAACCACCAACAUGGUAGAUGAGGGUACAAAGAAAACCCUAAGUAGCAUCCCCUUACUGAAAACGAAAGCGGGUCCUAGGGAUAAAGAACUAUGGGUGGAACGGUUGAAAGAAGAAUAUCAGUCAUUAAUCAAGUAUGUACAAAAUAACAAAGAAGCUGACAACGAUUGGUUCAGAUUAGAAUCGAACAAAGAAGGAACUAGGUGGUUUGGAAAAUGCUGGUAUUUCCACGAUCAACUGAAAUAUGAGUUUGAUGUUGAGUUCGAUAUUCCAGUGAUGUAUCCUACGACCGCCCCUGAAAUAGCUCUACCGGAAUUAGAUGGUAAAACGGUCAAGAUGUACAGGGGUGGAAAGAUUUGUUUGAGCGAUCAUUUUAAACCCUUAUGGGCUAGGAACGUACCUAAGUUUGGUAUUGGACAUGCCAUGGCCUUAGGUUUGGGACCAUGGUUGGCUGUGGAGUUACCCGACUUGAUUUCAAAAGGUUUGGUUACUUAUAAAGAGAAGACGGAGAAGUAACAGAACACUUUUUCAUUCCAAUGAACGAUAUUUUAUACCGUGAAGCCGUUAAUUUUACUCAUGUAUAGUUUAUACAAACAUUAUGUAAUUUAUAUUUUUCAAUGGUUUGUUUAAUUAUUUUUCAUAGGUGUGAUUAAGGAGCAUAUUAAAUAAAUUUUGGCUCAAAACGA